GAAACAGGCAUUUCACAACCGGUGGAGUGGCGCAGGCGGAUGGCCAGGCUAUAAGAGAUGCUGCUCUUGAGAGCAAUCCCGCUUCAGCCCCGGUGGAUCUCUCUACUUUGUCAAGAUGAGCAAGACCUCCCAGGUCCAGGAACCGCUCUCCGAGCUGGAGAAGGCCAUGGAUGUCAUCAUUGACGUCUUCCACCAGUACUCGAGACGGGAGGGGGACAGAGACACCCUGACCAAGAGGGAGCUGAAGCUCCUGAUUGAGAAGCAGCUUGUGAACUACCUGAGGCACGUGAAAAACAAGCUCACCAUUGAUGAAAUCAUGAAGGACCUCGAUAUCAACAAGGAUGCGCAGAUCAGCUUCUGCGAGGUGAUGUUGCUGAUCACCCGUGUGACCAUUGCCACCCACGAGCACCUCCACGACGUCGAGGACCAGCAACAGCAGCAGCAGCAACAGCACAAACAUCAGCACCAUCACUGAGGCGGGCUGUGGUCCCCAUCCGAAGCCACCCACGCGGUUUUUGCAGCCCUUGGCUUUCUCCCCUCCACCCCUCUCUGCCCACCUCCCUCCUUUUCCUUCCUUCGAGUUUGAUAGUUUUGCUGCCAAAUAAAGUUUUGCCCUGAGGCUGUCCAAGCUC